UCAUCAAACAUUAUACUUAAACCUACAUACAAAAAUAAUCAAGGGCUUAUGUAUUAGAAUAUUACUUUCUGGUACAUAAGCUACCUUUAAGAGAGGGAUAAUUUAAUCAUUCUGGAAAGAUACUUCUCCAGGUUUGGUGUCCUGAAUAAUACUUUCAUAUAUUGACCUCUCAAUGUUUAGUUAUUACUAUGAUGCCUGCUCUCCAUUUAGAUGGUUCUUUCAUCAAUAUGCAAUUAAAAGUGUCAGAAACGGAGAGGUCAAGAGUUAAAGUCAGAGUCCAAUAGGAAAGGCAACACCUCAUUGUAUUCAUGAUCCCUCACAAUUCCAUGUCCCUGUCUCUUCUGACUUUUCUGGGCUUGGGUACAACGCUCCAAAUGUGGCUUUUCCAAAUGGGAGUUGGAUUCAAUUAGGGUCCUGUGAUGUUACAAACUAGGGACCACCUUUGCAAAAAUUCACCGAGAAUGUGUUUGGUUCUAGGCAACUAAAGAAACAAUACAGAAUGGAGUACUGGAACUCCACCCUGGGCAGUGGCUUUAUAUUGAUGGGGAUUCUGAAAGACAGUGGGUCUCCUGAACUGCUCUGUGUCAUAAUCACAGUCCUGUACAUGUUGGCCCUGACCAGCAAUGGCCUGCUGCUCUUGGUCAUCACAGUGGAUUCCCGGCUCCACGUGCCCAUGUACUUCCUGCUCGGGCAGCUCUCACUCAUGGACCUCCUCUUCACAUCUGUUGUCACUCCCAAGGCGCUCAUGGAUUUUCUGCGCAGUGAAAACACCAUCUCCUUUGCAGGCUGUGCCCUUCAGAUGUUUCUGGCAUUGAUGCUGGGUGGUGCAGAGGACCUGCUACUGGCCUUCAUGGCCUAUGAUAGAUAUGUGGCCAUUUGUCAUCCUCUGAACUACAUGGUCUUCAUGAGGCCAAGGGUCUGCUGGCUCACGGUGGCCACAGCAUGGAUACUGGCAUACCUGAAUGCUCUAGGACAUACCUUCUAUACCAUGCAGUAUCCCUUCUGCAAAGCCCAAAAGAUCAGGCACCUGCUCUGUGAGAUUCCACCUUUGCUGAAGUUGGCCUGUGCAGAUACCUCCAGAUAUGAACUCUUGGUGUAUGUGACAGGGGUGAUUUUCCUUUUGCUCCCUCUUUCUGCCAUUGUUGCUUCCUAUGCACUAAUCCUGUUUACCGUGCUUCACAUGCCCUCAAAUGAGGGGAGGCAGAAAGCCCUAGUCACCUGCUCUUCCCAUCUGACUGUGGUUGGGAUGUUCUAUGGAGCUGCCACAUUCAUGUAUGUCCUGCCCAGUUCCCUCCACAGCCCCAAGCAGGACAACAUCACCUCUGUUUUCUACACGGUUGUCACUCCAGCCCUGAACCCCCUUAUCUACAGCUUGAGGAAUAAGGAAGUCAUGGGGGCUUUGAAGAGAGUGCUGGGAAAAUACAUGCUGUAGACACAUUCUACCCUCUAGGGAGAGCUUAUGGCUAGCCCUCAAAAUUUAUUGCUCUUUGAAGUCAGAAGAAAUCUGCUAAUACUCAUGGUGAAAACACUAUAACUCAGAGUGUAUCUUUUAAUAGAAAAAUGAAGAAGUGUGACCUGACUUCUGAAAUGAUUUUGUGUGUCUGUAUUUUUACCAUUUUACUUUAUUUUAUUUUUUCAACUACAGUUGACAUAGAAUGUUACAUUAGUUAGGUGUGCAACAUAGUGACCUGACAAGUCUAUACUUUAUGCUGUGUUCACCACAAAUGUAGCUACCAUCUGUUACCAUACAGCACCAUUACAAUAUCAUGGACUGUAUUCCCUUUCAUCCCCACUGUACCUUUUAUCCUGGUGAUGUAUUCAUUCCCAACUGGAAGCUUGUAUCUCCCACUCCUCUUGACCCAUUUCCACCAUCCUUCCAUCUGUUCUGGCAACCACCAGUUUAUUCUCUGUAUCCAUGGUCUAUUUCUGUUGUUUCUUUGUGUGUUCUUUUGUUUUGUUUUCAUUCCAUGUAUAAGUGAAAUCAUAUGGCAUUUGUUUUUUUCUGCCUGACUUACUUUACUUAGCAUAAUACCCUCAAGGUUCAUCCAUGUUAUCACAAAUGGCAAGAUUUCAUUCUAUUUUUAUGGCUGAUUAAUAUUCCACUGUAUGUGCAUGUGUGUUUGUGUGUGUAUGUGUGUGUGUGUGUAACAUCUUCUUUAUCCAUUCAUCUAUCAACAGGCAUGUGGGUUGCUUUCAUAUCUCAGCUAUUGUAAAUAAUGCUACAAUAAAAACAGGGAUGUUUAUAUCUUUAUGAAUUAGUGUUUUCAUUUUCCUUGGAUAAGUAGCCAGUAGUAGAACUACUGGAUCAUAUGAUAUUUC